ACGGACGGUAUCAGCUUAUCAGCACAUAUUAUGCGGAAUUGAUCCGGUAGGUUAGUGUUUGAUUUUCCCACCCUGAUUUAGUCAGAACUUGCAAGCAGAACCGAUCAGGCGUUUCGAGAUGAGACUCAACGCUCAAUUGUGCACAGUGGUGGGGUUUUUGAUUGCGUUCGGGUCAGGAUGUGUUUUCGGAAGCAAUAUUUUCGCAGGUAGCCAACCGGAAGUGGAUGUUAAGUCAUUUCUGACAGGAAAUUGCGAUAGCAAUUCCACGUUGAUGGGCAUAGCCGUCAAAUCAUUGAGUGUGGAUCACAUUGACCGCAACGUCCAGAACCUUUGCAAGGAAGGAGCGCAUGGAUUAUUAUUAUGGAUAACGGCUGAUAAAUUCCAACAGUUGCCAGAAUUGGACACGAGUUUGAAGUUCGUGGCCAAAGCUGCCAAUAAGGAAGAUCUAAGCGGAAUAUGCGUAUACGAUCCCACAACGGACACGUGUGCAAACGAAAAUGGCGAGUUGAAAGGUUCGGUACUGAUCCUUGGCGAGAAGUAUGCUGAACGAUACGAACUGAGAGAUAUCACGUACAAAAAAUGGACUAAUUCAACGCGUCUCGGGACACCAGUGUUGGCGUACGCGACGCUGAAGAAUCGUGAUGCAUCGUACAAAUACGUCGAUCAAGAUAUAUCCUAUCUGUCGGAUUCACGGCUAGAGCACCAGCUCCCGGCGACAGUCGCUCACGGUCUUCCACUUUCUGUCUACCGAGGAAAACUUGUGCGCUACAAAACGGUGACCGGGGAAACAUUCUAUAGCAGGGUAUUUCAGACCAUCAAUGCGAUUCGCUAUAUGAGCCCAUACACGACCAUCAACGUGACCGUCAUUGCCACAGAGGAGCGAGAAUAUCGGGAGUUCCAAGCCAAGCUGGUAACAGUCUACACCGACGAGGAAGGUUACAGUUGGUCACGAGUCAUGACUACAAUCGAAGGCGCGUCCAUAGACACAUCCCUCAAGGACACGCACGUUGAAUAUGGCGAAGUCACCAACAUGUACGAUGAAUCUCAACCAGCGCCGAGCCCCAAUCUGCCCCAUACGGAUCACAAAUACCCGAUGCAACCGAUUGUGACCAAAUCGGAAAGCAUCCACAUCCACAUAAAAGAGGUGGAACUAGGCCAGGUGUAUCCAGGAUUCCGUUCCUUUGCCAUCGGUGCGGGCAUUAUCCUUUUCUCUGUUCUCGGUAUCGCGCUGCUUGAUAUAGCUCGGCGAGUGAUUGGCGAUCGUCGGGCCAAACGGCUACGGCUUGGGAGGUACAGCAAAGUUGAUGGUAGAUGAGUAAAGGAUACACGAAAAAAAGGGUUUAUUUCAGUUCCAUCCAAAGUAAAGUUCGAUAUACUCUAGAUCGAUUAAGUUGCAUAAGCAAUCAACUACGCACGAAUAUUAUUGCCAUUCAAUUGUUCAGGUUUCUUUAUUCACCAAUAAAUAAUUGUACAUCUAA